GGCGCGCACGGCGGCCCGGGAGGCGGCGGCGGCGGCGGCGGCUCGUGUCGGCUCCGGGCGGCCCUCGCGCCGCAGCCCGCGCCGUGUCCGCGGCGGAGCCGCCCAGGUGCCCACGAGGAUGGUGGCGCGGCCCUAGGCCCACGCUCCGCACCAUGACCUGCUGGCUGUGCGUCCUGAGCCUCCAGCUCCUGCUCCUGCCCGCGGCGCCGCCCCCGGCCGGCGGCUGCCCCGCCCGCUGCGAGUGCACGGCGCAGACGCGCGCGGUGGCCUGUCCCCGGCGCCGGCUGACCGCCGUGCCCGACGGCAUCCCGGCCGAGACGCGCCUGCUGGAGCUCAGCCGCAACCGCAUCCGCUGCCUGAACCCGGGCGACCUGGCCGCGCUGCCGCUGCUGGAGGAGCUGGACCUGAGCGAGAACGUGAUCGCGCACGUGGAGCCGGGCGCCUUCGCCAACCUGCCGCGCCUGCGCGUCCUGCGCCUCCGGGGCAACCUGCUCAAGCUCAUCCCGCCCGGCGUCUUCACGCGCCUGGACAACCUCACGCUGCUGGACCUGAGCGAGAACAAGCUGGUCAUCCUCCUGGACUACACCUUCCAGGACCUGCGCAGCCUCCGCCGGCUGGAGGUGGGCGACAACCACCUGGUGUUCAUCUCGCGCCGGGCCUUCGCGGGGCUGCUGGCGCUCGAGGAGCUGACCCUGGAGCGCUGCAACCUCACGGCGCUGUCGGGCGAGUCCCUGGGCCACCUGCGGGGCCUGGGCGCCCUGCGGCUGCGCCACCUGGCCAUCGCCGCCCUGGAAGACCAGAACUUCCGCAGGCUGCCCGGCCUGCUGCACCUGGAGAUCGACAACUGGCCGCUGCUGGAGGAGGUGGCCGCCGGCAGCCUGCAGGGCCUCAACCUGACCUCGCUGUCCGUCACGCACACCAACAUCACCGCCGUGCCGGCGGCCGCGCUCCGCCACCAGGCCCACCUCACCUGCCUCAACCUGUCCCACAACCCCAUCAGCACGGUGCCGCGCGGCUCCUUCCGCGACCUGGUCCGCCUGCGCGAGCUGCACCUGGCCGGCGCCCUGCUGGCCGUGGUGGAGCCGCAGGCCUUCCUGGGGCUGCGGCAGAUCCGCCUGCUCAACCUCUCCAACAACCUGCUGUCCACGCUGGAGGAGAGCACCUUCCACUCGGUCAACACGCUGGAGACGCUGCGCGUGGACGGGAACCCGCUGGCCUGCGACUGUCGCCUGCUCUGGAUCGUGCAGCGCCGGAAGACCCUCAACUUCGACGGGCGGCUCCCGGCCUGCGCCACCCCCGCCGAGGUCCGCGGCGACGCGCUGCGCAACCUGCCCGACUCCGUGCUCUUCGAGUACUUCGUGUGCCGCAAGCCCAAGAUCCGCGAGCGGCGGCUGCAGCGCGUCACGGCCGCCGCGGGCGACGACGUGCGCUUCCUGUGCCGCGCCGAGGGCGAGCCCGCGCCCACCGUGGCCUGGGUGACGCCGCGCCACCGCGCCGUGACCGCCGCCAGCGCCGGGCGCGCGCGCGUGCUGCCGGGGGGCACGCUGGAGAUCCGCGGCGCGCGCCCGCAGGACAGCGGCACGUACACGUGCGUGGCCAGCAACGCGGGCGGCAACGACACCUACUUCGCCACGCUGACCGUGCAGCCCGAGCCCGCCGCCAACCGGACCCCGGGCGAGGGCCGCAACGACACGCAGGCGGCCGCGCGCUUCCCGCUGGACCUCACCACCAUCCUGGUGUCCACCGCCAUGGGCUGCAUCACCUUCCUGGGCGUCGUCCUCUUCUGCUUCCUGCUGCUGUUCGUGUGGAGCCGCGGCCGCGGGCAGCAUAAGAACAACUUCUCGGUGGAGUACUCCUUCCGCAAGGUGGACGGGCCGGCCGCCGCCGCGGGCCAGGGGGGGGCGCGCAGGUUCACCAUGAAGAUGAUCUGAGGGUCCGGGCGCCCCCACGCGGGCCCGGCUGACGACCACCUAUGCAUUUCCCGGAGCCGGAAGCGGGGGGCCUCCCUCCCCGCGGCCGCCUCCUGGCGGAACUUCCCCUUUUUUUGUAGAGACCCGACCACAGGACUUUUUUCAUCAGGACGCAUUUUUGCAUUGUUUCGCAAAGCAUUUUCUAAAGGUUUCACCCUGUCUUCCUGCCCGCGCCGGGUCCCGAGCUGGGCGGGGUGGGAGUUCGGAGCCGCCGGAGCCAACCCCCCCCCCCCCCCCCCCGCCUCCUCCCCAGAGCAAGUAGUUCACACGGGGGGGGGGGGGGGGGGAGAUGGUCCAGCGCGCGGAGGGCAACCCGGCCCCCGGGGGAGGCCCGCGAAAGCCCAUACGGGCCACACACCCGGAUGCCCCACACCGCACCUCACAUCCAGCGGCACACACGCGUUCACACCAAGGACACACAACCGACACCCAGCUCCGAGACCGAGCGCUCACACCUCCCACCCGGCCGACCCUGAACAGGUGCGCCCGGCCGCUGAGCUCCCGGCGGGCCUGCCCGGCUCUCGGCUCUCGGGAGACCACCGCUCACACCUGGGACACACCCCCACUCGCACUCAGGACACUCGCAGCUGACACACGGCCCACCCGAGACACGCAGCUCACCCUUGGGACGUGCCCGGCCUACGCUGGGAACACAGUCGGCUCCCAGCCAGGACUCGCUCGGCUCACACCCAGCUCCUGAUCCACUAGGCAUCUCUGGGGGGGGGGGGGGGGGAGGAAAGUCUGGCUGAGCACGUAAAUGCUCCCCCCAGGGGCCCAGCACACGGCAUGCUAGCCCCCCGGUCUCCGCCCCCAGACUCCCUCCCACCAGGACCCCUGGCCCAGCAGGGCGGGCUGCCCACUAGAAGCCAUUUCCCUACCGCCCUCCGGCACCCCUAACGGCUGCCACCUGCUUCCUGUGCCCAUGCCACAUGGGAGGCACAGCUGCCCUGGCCCCUGGCUCGGGAGCAUGGCCUCUGGAGUGACCCUGCACCCUGAGUCCACACUACCCCUGAGCCAGCCUCAGAUGAGCCCCGAGGGUGGCCCUACCGUGCCCAGCCCUGUGACCCACCGCCCGUGUGGGGAGCGAGGCCAGAGAGUGUGAGAGGUUCUUGGGGUCCCCGUUAGGUGCGCUACAGGGGCAGCCAUGGAGAACGAGGCCAGGACAGGCUGCAGGGAGGGUCUGGACCCGGCUGUUGGGAGCAGAGGGCCCUCGGUGUCUGCCUCUUUGGGGCAGAACUCGAGCUAAAGAUCAAGGGAGCCGAGGGCAGACUAUAGCUCAGGCUGAGGAAGAGCUUGCCCCAGGUCACUGCCCCUUUACUCUGCAGAUAGCGAGUUCCCCGUCACUGGGGGUAAGCAACAGGAACUGAGGUUUUGCAGAAAUAUUCAGACACCACACUGGGUCCAUCCAUGACCCUGCCUCUCCCAGGCUGAUUAUUGCCCCCACCCUCCCCCCGGGCCAGAUGACAGGGCAUCAUCGGAGGAAGGGGUGCGGGAAAUGUUGUGGGACCCCUCCACUAGUCAGGAGCUUGGCCGCCCGCCAGGAGGUCGGGACAGUAUUCUUAAGGACCUUAUAGGAAGGCUCGAAACCAGCCCUCUUCCUGCCCACGUGGGUAAUUUCAUCUGGUGACUGAGAACCACCCAGACUACAGUGUCCUCAUCUGUAAAAUGGGUCUGAGGUCAGAUCCACCGCCGCAUAUACAGAGGCCAGGCCCAUGGAUGGGCUUCACGGUUGACUGGGAUCCUGGAUCCUUCAAGAUCUUUCCGAGAGGAGCCGGAGACAAAGCUGGGUGAACGCUGGGGGUUUGGGGCAAAGGAUUCACACGGAACUCGGAAGGGGGUGCGGGCCGUUCUCCCCGGGCUGUGUGGCUGGAAGCGUCGGGACGCCCUGGUCCUUCUCCCACGGCCGCAAACGGGCCAGCGGGGCCGGGUGACGGGCCGCUGACCCCGCCUCAACCUCACUCGUGGCGGACAUAGUGACGGCCAAAGGGGGUGUCCUGCGACCCCAAACCCCACCCGAGUUGGGCAGAACUGACUAGUUUUCCCCCUUCGCAUCCUCCUAACCUUGGUUGCCAUAACAACCCCAAGGGCCCCUCAAAAUGACAUUCAAGUGCCUUUACCAUCAUCACAGAUGGGAGGGGUGUGUUCUCACAGCAGCAUUAGGACUUGACCGAAAGUCAGCAAAGUGGGAUCUCCCACCCCCUCUGCCCAACCCCCAUCCCAACAUGCGCCGAGACCCCCCCCAGCCCCCCAUCCUAACAGGAACCAAGACCCCCAGCCCCCCAGCCCCCCCCAGCCCCCUAGCCCCGCGGCCCCCUCCUGCUGUAUUUGGUUGGAAUCUAAUAAAAUGAAGCUGAUUUAA